GUGCUUUUUGGCCAGUUUUCGAUCGCAGGCUUAUAGACCGGCAAAGAGUUGGCGGUUCUAUAUCGAUAAAACGAUAUUCCUGGCCGUCUGGCUGCUGGUGUCCCUGACCUUAUCCGUAUUCAAGCACAUCAAGACCGUCUCCAGUGUCGACACGCUAAGUCCCGCUACAGAGAAGUUUGAGAAGCUGAACAACGCACUGUACGGCUGGUCUAACCUGUUGGUGUAUGUGUACUGCUUGGCCGUGUUGGGGAUUGCGUAUAUCACCAACAAGGCUAUGCGUGGCGAAUGGAACUACGGCGUUCGGCACAGGUACGCCCCCUGUUAA